AUGUUUCUCGCUCCUUCAAAAAUAAUCGCUCGAUGGGCAUUCAAUAUUCAAGACUGGAAUCCUUCUGAAGAGCAAUACAAAAAAGCUCUUUUAUUCAUUCAACCAGAAGAACGCGAUCGAAUUAAAAGAUUUAAAUUUUUUUCUGACUCGAAGUUAGCACUUAUCGGAAGAUUGUUGAUGAGGUUUUUAUUUUAUAGAUUAUAUAAUAUUCCUUGGAAUGAAAUAAAAUUCGGAAGAACUAAAGAAAAUAAACCUAUAUUGAUAAAACCCGAAAGUAAGCCAAAUGAUCCAAUAAUUUACUUUAAUAUUUCACAUCAUGGAGACUGGGUGGUUUUGGUGGCUGCUGAAAAUUGUAAAAUUGGCAUUGAUGUAAUGAAAGUUGAAUACCCGAAAAAGCAGACUGUUCAAGAAUUUUUUGAAACUCUUAGAGAUCAGUUUUCGGAUUUUGAAUGGAAUGUAAUAACUACACCACUACAAGAAAUAGAUCAAUUACAUCAAUUUUAUAGGUAUUGGUGUUUAAAAGAAAGUUAUGUAAAAGCUGUAGGGAUUGGUUUGGCUUUAGAUUUGAGAACUAUUGAAUUUCAUUUACCCGAAAAUGAAGAAAGAAAGAAUUUAUCUGAAAAUGUAAAGACUUUAAAGACAGACACUGAAUUAUACAUUAAUAAUGAACUUGAACACCAAUGGAAAUUUGAAGAGCUUUAUCUUGAUAGUCUCCAUUGUAUUGCAGUUAGUUAUAGUACUUUAAACGAUGUGGAUGCUGUUAAAGAAGGAGGAUUUGAAAAAAUUGAUAUUGAAGAGAUUCUCAACAGUUCCAAAAUCCCAUCCCCAAAUUUCAAUGACUACAGUGAAUUGAGUGAAUUGAAUCAAACUUUUACGAAACCUAUAUUAGAACAGAAAAGUAUUUGA